AAAAUUAUUCCAAACGUGUCCCUCUAUAAAAUGAGUUUAUUUUUUCCCACUCACGAACCAGAGACCAUUUCCUCUCUGAAUAGUUCAAUAGGCCUCCAGCCUUCCUUCCCUUCUCCGACGUCGGUCACCGGCGACUUCCACUGGACUAACCACCGUCUCACACUCCAGAUUCUGGACAAGUUCUACCCUCUUCUUGCAACCCUGACGGAGAUUCAAAAACAACACUAUGAACCACUAAUUGCAGAGGCAAAAAGUAGAAGGGAAAGUUCCAGAUCCGAAGCAGUGGAGAAGGCUGUGGCUUCAAAGAUGCAGGAUAUUCAAUGUGAACUGGAAAAAUUGGUUGAGGUACAUAAAAUGAAGAAGAGACAAAUAAAGAGCUUGUGAAAAACCUAGAUGUCUUGCAGAAAAUGGUCAAGGAACACAAGGAGAGACAACUGUUUGGUACUUGCUAAUGAUUUAGUUUGGUGCCGAUAUAUAUUUUCAAGCAGGAAAGUUCAUCCAUAUUUAUAUUUAUUUAAUUUAAUAAUAUACUGCCAAAUGAUGAAUUCAUCAUCAUCUUUUUUGUAUUCCUCUUUAUCUUGAAUGCAUGCUAAAAAGUAACAAGGCAAUUGCUAAGAAAACACCCAAUAAUGGUGUGACGAUGGUAUGUGUGAUGAGAGCUAAUAUGUGCUGCUAAUCACGCGAGUAUGAAUGAGAUGUGCCAAUUUUGGACGAUAUUUUAAUAAUUCGUGUACUUUCAGGGAUUAUCCAUCACUACUGAGGUCCAGAGAUGAGAAGAUAGCCGAUCUGGAAGAACAGGUAUUGGUGGUGGUGUUUUCUUAUUUCAACAUUGUGGUUAAUUUUCACACCGUGGCAAAUAUCUGCUUGUAUUUAAUUCUUACAUUGCUUGGCUUCAUUGUAAUUAUGAAUAUUGGUCACAGAUUAGAGUCUUAAAAGUCUAUCUUGAAGGCCAAAGGACACUUGCCAACAUGACCGAUUCAGAUGGCAUCAAAGGGGAAACCCUUGCCCCGCCAAUUCCAGAAGGCGCACCAAGUUGAGUCGAAGUAGGAACUAAUAGAUAAAAUGUGCAUUUGCUGAGUGGUUUUCUUCUACCGGAAAUGAUGAAACAGAUAUUGGUGUCUUUCUUUUUCUUUUUUUUUUUUUGGUAUAUAUCAUUUCCUUGUUUUUUUUUUUUUAUGUGUAAUGUUUUGUUCAUUAACAAAGUUUGCAAAAAUUGAAAAACAAUUCCAUCAUUUCAGAUUUCUACCGAACAUUCUUGUCUGGAACUAAUGUCAUUGGUCAUCAAUAGUCCACUUGAGGGCUGCCACAGUUGUGGUACAACACUAGCAGUUAGUUGCCUGCAAUAGGCAUAUUGUAUAAGCAGAUCGAAAAGUUAUGGAUAUUAAUGAAACAAAAUUACAAUGCAACUUUCUAGGCGCACAUGACUUGUUACCUUCCUAGUUGAGCUUC